CUCGAACGGCUCAUUUGUUGUUAAGUUCUCCCUCCAAUUUCAAGAAAGAAAGAUUUCCACAACUCAUUCCGCUUCUCUUCAACAUCAAGAAACUCAACCCCCGCCAGCAAUGGCGACGACCACCGCCGGAAAAGUCAUCAAAUGCAAAGCUGCCCUCGCGUGGGGUCACAAUCGGCCGCUGCAGAUUCAGGAAGUGGAGGUGGCGCCGCCUGAGGAAAAUGAAGUCCGGAUCAAAGUCAUGUUCACUUCCCUCUGUAAAGGAGAUAUACACUACUGGAAAUUCCACAAGAUUAACCGUAUCUUUCCCAGAAUUCUGGGCCACGAAGGAGCAGGAAUCGUGGAGAGCGUCGGAGAGGGCGUUACUGAGGUGGCGCCUGGGGACCACGUCCUGACGGUGUUCACAGGGGAAUGCGGGGGGUGCGACCACUGCUUGUCGGAGGAGAGCAAUCUGUGCAGUUUUCUGACCUUCGAGCCGGAAAAAACCACAUUGGGAGUUGACGACAAGUCGAGGUUUUCUUACAAUGGAGUCCCGGUGUAUCACUUUGCCGGCACUUCCACUUUCAGCGAGUACACAGUGGUUAACUAUGGUUGUCUUGUCAAACUCGACCCCAAGGUUCCUAUGAACAAGAUCUGCGUUCUGGGAUGCGGAAUUGCUGCAGGCUUGGGUGCUGUGUUGAAUGUUGCUAAACCGAAACGGGGCUCCACGGUGGCUAUUUUCGGACUGGGAGACGUAGGACUUGCAGCUGCAGAAGGAGCAAGAAUAUCUGGUGCCUCAAAGAUCAUAGGAGUUGACACUGAUCCUUCCACUUUCACAAGAGCGCUAGCGUUCGGGGUUACAGUGUGUCUGAACCAUCUGCAGUACGACAAGUCGGUUCAAGAAGUCAUUGCAGACAUGACUGAUGGAGGAGCCGACCGGAGCGUGGAAUGCAGUGGAGAAACCGAAGCGAUGAUCGCCGCAUUUGAAUGCGUUCAUCAGGGGUGGGGCAUGGCGGUUCUGGUUGGGGUGCCGAAUAUGGAAUGCAAGAGGUUGAGGCUUGACACGGAAAAAGUGGUUGAGGGGAGGACAGUCACUGGCUCUUUCUUUGGGAACUACAAAGCCCGGUCUCAGUUGCCUCAACUGGUGCAAAUGUACAUGAACCAGGAAUUGGAGCUGGACAAGUUUAUAAAAGGGGAAGUGGCACUUUCGGAGAUCAACGAGGCUUUCGAUGGGUUCGUGAGAGGGCAGCAGGGCCUUCGCCCGGUGAUUCGAAUGCAGGAGUGAUGACCACAAGAUAGAAGAAGAAGAAGACAGGAAGUCAUUUGGUUCAUUCAUGGAGUUAACUGCUAGCCAUUGCUUGGUUUAGUUGUCUGGGGUGAUAUACUUUGGUUCUGUUCUGGGUUUUGUGGCACUUGUUUUUACAACUCUUGUGUUGGUUUUGGUUUUUGUUUCUUGUUCCUUAGUAAAAUUUCUCAAGUGCU